UGCAGCUUGGGAGCAACAGGCAGCAAGCAUGACCUUACAGAGAUGGUUGCUGGCUCUCUGCCUUUCCGUAGUUUCAUUGGUUUUGGGGACCAGUGGCUCUGUGACACGUGAAACUCAGAAAUACAUUUGCAGGACAUACAGCAGUGGAGUCGUCAAACCUUUCCAAGGUUCAGGAUUCUAUGUGCAUUCCAAUUGUCCCUUCACCCUGACUCGGUUCACCCAGAAUCGAGUUGAAUGUGACAUCUCUAUACGUCGAGGGAACGACGGCCUGGUGGUGCAAGUCGAGAUCAUCAUCAACAAAGUCACGACUAUUCUGCAGAAUGGAAGCAUCCUGGUUGAGAACAAAAGUGUCUCCCUUCCAUACGAUCAGACCUACCAGCAUAUUUUUCGGUACGGCAUCUACACUAAACUGAGGAGCUCAUUGCUGCCUCUUUCCAUAACCUGGCGCAGCGUACCUGGAGGAAUAGACACUCUUUGGGUUGAGCUGGAGCAAGAGCUGAGCACCGACAUGAGUGGACUGUGUGGAAAAUACAAUGUAACUGGUGAUGAGCAGGAGUUGAUCAGAGAGAGCGUGCUCCCUGACGACACGUGUCAAACCAAAGAUUCGAUCCCAGCUCCUAAUUCAGUAUGCAAUGAAAUAUUUUCCAACAUCAAAGACUCCCUGCAAUCAAGAUGGCCUCGUUACCUUCAGCUCUGCUACAAGAGCCUUUACAGCUAUGAAAAAAAUGAACACGUCCGUUGUUCUUUCUUCAAAGAGAUUGCUUCACUUUGUGGGAAAACAAAUGAUUUUUGGAGCAAAUGGACAACCGUAACCAAAUGUGCUAAGCCAACUUGCCCUGGAGACUUGGUUUAUAACGAAGAAGGUACUGCCUUUCUACCCAGCUGCUCCAACCCUAAAUCCCAACUGACCAGCCAGGAUAUCACCGGCUCCUGUGUCUGCCCAGAGGGCAAGGUACUUAACAAUCACUUGGAUGGCUACCGCUGUGUGAGUCUGUCCCAAUGCCCCUGUGUAUUUGCUGGGAAAACCUAUUCAACCGGAGAAACACGUAGCACCAAAUGUCAGUCAUGCUUGUGUGAAGGUGGACGGUGGCGUUGCUCUGAGAACUUCUGUCCAUCAAAAUGUUUAAUUGAAGGCCAGUUUGUGACAACAUUUGAUGGCAAGCAAUAUGUUGUGCCUGGUAAAUGUACAUACUUAGCAUUUCAGGGUUUCAACUGGACAGUAGUUAUUCAGUUUUCUGAAAAGGAUGCAUCAUUGAAAAACAUUGUUCUCCAGGGUUAUCAGGAAAAGUAUACAUUCAAAGACGGUGUGGUUACAUUUGGAGACCAAGAAAUUACAGAAUCUCAGAAGACUGAUUAUGCAGAGGUGUUUUGGCAGUCCUCCAUGUAUGUACUAGUCGUAACAUUGUCAGAUAUUAAGAUCCAAGUCCAGAUGUCACCUGAAAUCCAGCUCUACAUCGCUGCUCCUACAAAACACAAAGACAUCAUUUCAGGUCUUUGUGGCAACGACAACAGUGACAGCACAGAUGACUUCACCAGCAGCGGUGGGAUCAUUGAGAAUUCGGCUCAGCCUUUUGCUCUGUCCUGGAGUCUGGGCGCUUGUGCAGUGAACAUACCCAGCACCUGCAUCAACACUCACAAUGAAAUAUUUGCUGACGAAAAGUGCUCUGUGCUGACUGACCCAACUGGAAUAUUUGCUAAGUGCCAUCGCCACUUACCACCUGAUCAGUACCACACAGCCUGUAUUCAAAGAACCUGUAAUUGUGGCAGCAAUGUGCAGAGGUGCUUGUGCAUUGCUUUAGCCAGCUACGCAAAAGCUUGUGCAAGUCUGGGGUUUUUUGUUGGUAACUGGAGGAAGACUACCAAAUGCACUCUGACAUGUCCAAAGAACCAAGAAUUCUCCUACAACUUACGUGCUUGCAACAGUACAUGCCGCUCCCUGUCUGGCCGUGGUUUUUGCUGUAAAGUGGAUGAUUUUCCCGUGGAGGGAUGUGGCUGCCCCAAAGGAACAUAUCUGAAUCAAGAAAACACCUGCACCCCAAAGUCAGAGUGUGUAUGCCACCACACGGGUGGUAUAACACCUCCAGGUCCAGUUGCUAUAGAUGGGCGACAGUGCCUCUGUAAAAAUGGAAAACUGAAAUGUUCUAAGGAUUGUGGCUGCAAGAAAGGCAAAGUUUGUGUGCACUGCUCAGAAAACCCGAUUAAGACAGCUCAGAAAACUUGUGGCAGCCUCAGCAAACCACUUUUUGCCAAAAAGGAUUGUGAGAGUGGCUGUUACUGCCCACGUAAUCAGUAUGAAGAUCACUAUGGAAACUGUGUAUCAAGGAACAACUGCACCUGUGUGUACAGUGGUAAAGUCUUCAGGGCAGGAGAGACUGUAAAAUCCAACUGUAAAAAAUGUGUCUGUGGUCAGGGUCAGUGGCGCUGCAAAAAUGAACCGUGUCCCGGGACAUGUCAAGUCUAUGGAAAUGGACAUUAUCAGACCUUUGACUCUAAAUGGUAUCGCUUCAGUGGACACUGUCAGUACACACUUGUAGAGGAUUACUGUGGAAAUAGAAAGGGCACAUUUUCUGUCAGAGUGGAGAGUGUACCCUGCUGUGAAGAGGUGCUGACCUGCUCUCGCGUCAUUGUCCUGGACUUGCAGGGCAAAGUAACCCUGACUCUGAGUGACAUGAAGGUGACUAAACGUCUGCAGCAAGGCUGGACUCUGCAGGAAGAUUCACUUUACAGUAUCGACACUGUGGGACUCUAUAUCAUAGUGUCAGUGCCGAGCAGCGGGAUCACUCUCAUCUGGGACAAACACACACGGCUCACCAUAAAGCUGCAUGAAAACUGGAGGAAUAAAGUGUGUGGACUUUGUGGGAAUUUUGACUCCAAUGAGAUGAACGACCUACAGAUAAGAGGCUCAACAGUGGGAUCCAGUCCGAUGGCCUUUGGAAACAGCUGGAAGGCAGCCACUCCUCCUUGUUCUGAUGUAACUGCUGAUAUAUUUCCAUGUGAUCGCAACUCCUACUGCUCAGCCUGGGCCCAGCGGCGCUGUAUGAUUAUUAAAGGAGACACUUUCAAAGACUGUCAUCUGAAAGUGGACCCAAAUCCUUACUAUCAGGCUUGCUUACUUGAGUCCUGCUCCUGUGAGUUUGAAGGGAAGUUCCUGGGCUACUGCACAGCUGUGGCAGCUUAUGCAGAGGCCUGCAGUGGCCAGGAUGUCUGCGUAAAGUGGAGAACACCUGACCUGUGUCCCAUUUACUGUGAUUACUACAACAAACCAGGCCAAAGUAUUUGGCACUAUGACGCCUGUGGUAAGAUGAGAACCUGUGGCAAAGGAAUCCUUAGACACAAGCUUGAAGGUUGUUACCCGAGAUGUCCAAAGGAGAGACCAUACUAUGAUGAGAAUGUAGGUGGAUGCACCACAAUUAUGGGCUGCUCUUGUUAUUUCAAUAACACUGUUGUUCAACCAGGAGAAGUGGUGUUGAUAAACUCUUUUCAGUGCUCCUGUAAAAAUGGGACAUUCAGUUGUGGACCUCCUCCGCCUCUAACAACGACAGAACCUGCUACAACAACUCUCAAACCAACAUCUUCAUCUACAAAAAUUACGACACCUGGUAACUGUGAGCUGUAUGGAGAAAACCACUACAUCUCUUUUCAAGGAGUAACAUUUGAUUUCCUGGAUGAAUGCUCUUACAUCCUGGCUGAAGAGCAGUCACUACGGCAUAAUCUCACUAUUGCUGUGGACAACUACUGUCUGCCAGGCACCAAUGGCUCCUGUGCUAGAACUAUCAUCCUGAGAUAUCAGAACAAUAUAGCCACACUGCGUAUCAUACCCCAAUUGUUUGCAGUACAGGCUACUAUGAACAAUGUGAUCAUACAGCCACCAUAUGAGAAGCAUGGGUUGAGGUUUGAGGCCAGGGGCUACAAAGUGCUCAUCCAUCUCCCAGGACUACGCUCCUUUGUCUCCCUCACUCCGUAUUACACACUGGUGGUGAACCUGGCCAUGGAGCAUUUUGUCAACAACACCCAAGGACUUUGCGGUGUAUGUGGUGGAGCAUCAUGUAUCCGUAAAGGACAGCAGAUGGAGAAUGACAGUUGCUGUGAUAAAACCGCCUAUGACUGGGUGUAUGACGAUCCUCUGAAGCCAGCCUGUAUUUCUCAACCAAAGGACAUCCCCUGUUAUUCUGUGCCAACUCCUGCACCCACUAAUACACCACUUCCUACUACCACCUGCCCUCCAAGCCCAUUAUGUAAUCUGCUACUCCACCCAGUGUUUGAAAAUUGCAGCAAGUAUGUGAAUCUAAGCCUUCAGAAGAAGAACUGCGAACUUGACUGUUGCCUGAAUUCAAACGGUUCUUGCAAUAUCUUAGCGCAAGCUGCAGAAGAAUGUAAAAAUGCAGGUUUCUGUAUUCCCUGGAGAGGACUGACUAAUGGAGCCUGUGAUAUGUCGUGUCCGUCUGGGCUGGUCUAUAGAGAAUGUCAGAAAAACAAGGAUGACUUCUGUCAUGGAGGAGUCCGUUAUCCCGGAGCUUCCCUUGAAAAGAGCAUUGCAGGUUGUUUCUGUCCCAACAACCUGUCUAGAGGUGGACCUCACUCAGAUUUCUGUGUGUCUGAUUGUGCCUAUUGCAAAGGACCAAGCGGAGAACCCAAAUUUCCUGGUGAGGUGUGGGUGUCCAAUUGCAACCUUUGUUCAUGCAACAACCAGACUCGGACGGAGCAGUGUUAUCCAAAACCUCCUAAGCCAGUUCCUCUGUAUGUUGUGUUUAAAUUGGGAGACAGCUGGAAAGAUGCUGCCCGUCCCUGCAUGACAUUUAGCUGCAACAAAGAUGGCAUUCAGACUGAGUCCAAAGUCUGCCCCAACCAAAGCUGCCCUGAGGAGGACAGAAUUUGGGAUGACCAGCACUGCUGUUAUACAUGUACUCAGAAAUGCGCUGCUAGGAUGUCCAGCAUUAACAUCACCAUUGACAACUGUACCACUGUCAUACAGAUGCCUGUGUGUCAGGGUCAGUGUGCAUCUCAGCCAAGGGUGGUGUUACAAGGCACCCUGCUAAUGCAGGAGAGUGUAUGCUGUCUGGAGCAGAGCUCAGAGAAUAGACCAGUGACUCUGCAGUGCCAUGACCAAUCUACCAGGCAGUACACCUACAGGCAUAUCACCAGCUGUGGGUGUAGGCCUGAAAAGUGCAUCAAACAAAAUAGCUGAGAAUCAAUCAGUUUACAUUUUAUCCAUUAGAUUUUCAAAUUAAAAUCUGUUGUCUGGAUUAAUAAUCAAGUUAAUUUUGUUCUUCAUGUAAUGCUGAAUCUACUUUCUCUCAAAUAAAGCAAAUAGUUUACUGAUCAGAAAAA